AUGCAUGAGCGUGGGCAACGCAUCGUAAUCGGCGGCAGUGUAGACUCCUUGUGUCUGAGUUAUUACUUACAGAAAAAAAAUCUAAGCGUCCACUUAUUGACUACUAAAAAGAGAUGUAACUAUGUGAACACGUAUUAUAAUAACUCAAAUGUAAUUGAAAAUGGGUGCUACUAUUCCUUUAUCUUAAGAAAUAAUUCGACGUUUCUUUCCUCACUUCUUAAGCAUCUCAACUUGGAAACAGAAGUAAUAUAUAGUAGCACGUAUUCAAAUAACAUUUUGUACCUUGAUGAAAAUGGACAAACAUACAGAAUUAACAAGUUUUUGUUUAGAUUAAUUUACCAUACUAUCAAGGAUUAUUUUUUUAAUAAAUCUGUAGUCGUUGAAAAGAAUGUACGAUUAGACAGGUUUAUCUCAAACUUUUUUGAUGAAAAAAUUUGCAAAAAUUUAAUUUUCCCUUACUGCCGUCACUACUUCGGUUUCUCACCUCGGCAUGUGUUUAUGCGCUCCUACUUUUCGAACUUUCUGGAAAAAAUAAAAGAAAAGAAGUCAAUUGUAAAAGCAAUUAUUUCCCCUGAUAAAAACAAUGCCCUCCCUUACACAAAAAAAAGAAAAAUUUUUACAUUUCGAGGUGGAAAUAUAUUAUUAACAAGAAAACUUCGAGAAUACUUAGAUCUAAGCGGUAACGUCCAAUUGACAGAGGAAACAAAAAAUUUGCGCCUCACGUGUAGCAAGGGUCGAGUGAAGGUGCUCAUAGGACGAGACGUCGUAAAAUUCGGUGAAGUAGUCUUUUGUGGUAACCCACUGGAGUUGAAGCGAAUUCUAAAAAAAGCCAAAUUUGAUAACACAAACAAAGAUAUUAUAAUAAAAUACUUAUUUAAUUUUUGUUCAAAAAAAAUUAAAAUAACAAAUGUUUGUUUUAAGAAGAACGUCCUGCCCCUUUCUCAUUCGCUGGAAUCCUUACUGUUAGUUAAAGAAAAUCAUAAAAACAAAAUAAUGUCCAUGCUAUAUGACAGUAAUAUUUUUCCACAUUUCAAAAGAAACGAACAAGUAAAAAUUCUUUCACAAGAAGAUAUAUUCGAAACGAAAUUUCUGAGCUCAGCAACGGAUGAACAAGAAUCUGAACGUGAAAUAAAUUCAUUCCUUCGAAACGUUCUGAACAUAAAAGAAAAACCUGACUUGGUCGUGAGCAAUUGCUAUACUGUCUUUCCCCAUAACGACAAUUUUGACGAAAAAGUCAAAAAAUUGAUUCAAAAAAAAUGCAAAAACUUAAAAAUUUUUUGGACCUUUUCCUUUUUCAAGGACCUCGAGUUCUGCUUAAGUGAAGCCGAAAAAUUUUGUGAGAAGUAUGGCGGUACGGCUCACUUGGAAAUGAGUCACAGCGGCACGCGUUCACACGUAAGUGCAUAUGUGCAUAAGUAA